UCUCCGUGAUCCACGACAUUUCCUUGGCUGCCAAAGGAGGAAAUAUACUGACGUUAAAGUGUAUUGCCGAAAGAGAAAGGGGAACUUAGUCUAUGGCUGCUAUGAGCCGAUUCGCAUCAUUCAGUGCGUGAUCCUUAACGUAUAUGUUCAAACGUUCCUUUCUUUGCGGAACGAGGUUCAUCGAAGAAUUUCAUUCGACGGAAGUGUUAGCUAAGUGUUUAAUUUAUUUGAUUUAAAAGAGAUCCGAAAGAACAAAUAUACGUUUCUCGUUAAUAUCGAGAAAAAGAAGAGGAAUCUAGUCUAUUAUUAAGAAGAAAGAGAAGAAGAAGGAGAAGAAGAAGAAGAAGAAGAAGAAGAAAAAUAAGACGAAGAAGAAGAAAAAGAAGAAAAAGAAGGUUCAUUCAUGAAUCCUCGAUGAAUCGAACGCUACGACUUUCGUUCGUUCGUUAAUUCGUUCUUUCGAUAGAAGUCGUAAAACGACGAAAGAAGUGAGAGAAUUCGCGCUCGAUAUUAUUGAAUUGUUUAUCGAAGGAGUUAUUCUUUAAAGUAAGAAAAAAGAAACAAAAAAUAAAAUAGGAAAGGGGAAGAAACUUUGUGGGAACGUGUUGUAAAUUUUUAAAGUCUUAAGAUAGGACCAUUCAAGAAUGUUGAGUAGAUCGAGUAGAAACGAAAGAAUUUAUCGCGAUAAUCUUACAGCGUCGUUUAAUAUUUUGAUAUAUUAACAUUGUAAUUUUUGUCAUCAAAAUGACGCCAUCUUAAACGAUUUCAUUGGUUUUUCCCAAGGAAGAAAAUAAAAAGAUAUAACUGAAUUAAGUUCGUCGACUAUUAAGAGAAAUAAAUAUGGCACGAUAUUUGAGUUGUUCAUUGGUGAUACUUGGAGUCGUCGAUCUGGCUAUUUCCAGAAACGAAUCAAACAUUCUGCGACUGAGCAAAUCCCCAAAAUUGACGACUACUGUUGUCAAGGUGAUGAAAAAUGAUAUUAAUAAUUCUAGCGAUUAUAUUGAAGAAAGAAAUUUAACGAGAACGAAUGAGCCAUUGAUUGGCUUCAGCAAGAAUAAUCCUGAAUUAGAUUGGAAAAAUCACGUUAAGAUCGCAGCAGAAAAUGAGGAGGAACGUCGUGAUUUGGACGUUGAUUUUAUGAAUGAAAAACUCGAGAGAACUGCGAAUAGCAUUCAAUGGCUCUCGGAUCUGUAUGAUCCACUUAAGUGGACGAGAGUACCUGGAGAACUUCAGGAUGAAUGUAGAAAGGAUAUGGAUUGGUUUCUCAAGUCUCUUAAGGACGGAAAGCUUUGGGCUGCUAAGAUGUCCGACGCAAGUGGCCGAUAUUCCUCGCAAUUUCAUUUUGGAAAUGACUUUUGGUUGGGCUCGAGUACACUAUGCAAAGAGAUCAACGUAACGAACGAGAAAAAUCUAACGGGUGGCUCGAAAAAUGCACCACCAUAUUCUGUCAGCUUUCACGUUGCAAGGAUGUACCUGACUUUACCAAAGGAACUUGAAUUAUCGACACGACAAGUAUUUUUGGGUCUUUGCCUGCCAAGUUCUUGCGAUCGGCCGUCCUUGAUGUCAAUGUUAAGAGCCAGCGCGGAUCGAGUCGAACGAGAGGGUAAUUCUACAUAUCGAUCGGUUGGUCCGAAAAUUCACAUUUUCACCGUGAAACCAGUGCCGUUAAGCGACUACAGUGUUUGGCAAGAUCCCAAGUUCUACAUCCUCGCCACCAUCGGCGGAAGUAUCCUUUUUUUAAUGAUAUGUGCCACGAUCUAUGAGCAAAGUAUCGUGAUAGAAAGCACGGAUAUCGAGUCUUCGAACGUGACCAACAAUAACGAGAAAGUGAUUAAUUUUACGGAUAAAAAUUUAACUCAGAACAGUUGUAUCUCGAUCGUACAAGAAAAUGGAGAGGAAUUGAUCGACAAAGGAUCGAACGAUAUACAAAAGGAUAUAAGCAUUCAGAUAAAGAAUGAUAACGAGAGAGGAUUUUGGGCGAAAUGUCUACUCGCUUUCAGUCCUACCGUAAAUGGUGGAAAAAUUAUCAGCACCGAGCCAGCUGCUAGAGACAGUUUGACCUGCCUUCACGGUCUUCGAGUCUUUUCAUUAGGAUGGGUCGUAAUGGUCCACACGUAUCUCCAAGUUUUUGCUAUAGCAGAGAAUAAAACGCUACGUACUGUCACCGAGAGGAAUUUUAUGUUCCAGACAAUCAGCAAUGCUACUUUCUCGGUCGAUACGUUCUUUUUCAUCAGUGGUCUUCUGGUCACGAUCUUGUUCUAUCGAUCUUUAGGAAGCUUGAAAAUUGAUAAAAACGAUUUUCUGAAAACUAGCACGAGCAAGUUCAUCGUUAUGAUUCUCUAUAGAUUCGUAAGAUUGACACCGGCUUAUCUCUUCGUCCUUGGGAUUAACGAAAUCUCUAUAAAACAGGUCCAAGCGAGAACCGUCUUUACGCCGGAGAUAGCUAAUCAUUUGAACUGUGACAAAUUUUGGUGGAGGAACGCUCUCUACUUGAACUCAUUAUAUCCUCGCAAAGAGAUGUGUAUGCUGUGGAGUUGGUAUAUGUCGAACGAUACGCAGUUCUACGUUCUCGGUAUACUUCUUCUUCUUUUCUCCGUCAAAUAUAAGAAAAUUGUAAUCAGCCUGGUGAUAGUCCUUAUCAUAUCUUCUUGCUUCACAACUUUCUCCGUAGCAUAUGCCAAUGACUACAUCGCAAGAAUACAAGAACCAUUUGCCCUUUUUGACGAACUCUACGAUAAGCCUUGGUUAAGAGCCGGUCCUUAUUUCGUUGGUACCAUUACAGGAUAUUUUUUAUUCAAAACCAACUGCAAGAUAGAACUAUCUUUGUGCUCAAAGUUGAUAGGCUGGUUGCUGUCAGGAUUGAUAAUGUUCUCAGUGGUCUACGGUUUAUAUCCAGCUAAUUUAACGGUAGUAGUGAGUUCAAUUUACGCGGCCUUAGGUCAUACUGCCUGGGCAAUAGCAGUGGCCUUCAUCGUGAUCCAGUGUUGUACCGGUUCAGCUAAAAUGGUAGACAGCCUUCUGUCUUUGAGGCUGAUGUAUCCGCUAUCACGGUUAACUUAUUGUGCUUAUUUGGUGCAUCCUGUCAUCAUGAUGAUCACCGUUGCGCAAAUGGAUGGCCCGUUGCACCUUCAUAACGGUAUUGUGAGAAAAUCGAGAAAAAAAGCAACGACAAAUCGAUGUGUCCUUUAAAGAGAAAAUCCUACCAGAUGAUACGUAUAAUCCGUUUACGUUUUCGUAGAAAUGUAUAAACGCAUCAAAAAUGCAUUUAUAUAUGUAUAGAUAUAUAAAUAUAAUAUUCUGUAAAUAAUAUUUUUUAUAACAUUCAAAUCUUUUCAAUGUAAAUGAAUGCGAGAUAUUCUAUAAGUAAUCAAUUAAUAUCGAAACAAAUAUCAAUUAAAUCCAGAACAAAUGAUAAAAAUAAAUAGAAAAAUAUUAUUACGUUCGACUUACUAUUGGCCUUUAUAACAAUCGUUACUGUGUAUCGAUAAAAAUAAAAUGGAGAAGUAUAUACCGUGACAAACGAGUCGAUUCUU